UGGUUUGAUAUCAUUAUGAAACAUACUUUGAUACUUGUGCUCAGUUGGAUAGUUAUUCCACACACUUCUUGUGAUGGAAUCGAUAGUCUCACCUUUCCGGAUGGGUUUCUUUUCGGCGUUGCAACUUCAUCUUAUCAAACAGAAGGAGCCUGGAACGAGAGCGACAAAGGGGUGAGCAUAUUUGACUCGUGGGUGCAGAGCUGUCCAGAGUGCAUAGCAGAUAGAAGUCAUGGAAAUAUUGCUUCCGAUUCCUACCAUAAAUACGAAGAAGAUGCAAUGUUGAUCAAGCAGCUUGGAUUCAACUAUUAUCGCUUCUCGAUCAGCUGGUCGAGAAUUCUCCCAAAUGGACUUACAAACAAUGUAAACAAAGAGGGUAUUCGGCACUACAAAGAUAUUAUCGAGGUUUUGCUGAGGAACAGUAUCGAGCCUGUGGUCACCAUCUACCACUACGAUCAUCCACAAGUACUGGAAGAAAUGGGUGGAUGGACCAACGAAUUGAUGGUAGAAUGGUAUCUCGACUAUGCGAAAAUCGUUUUUCGGGAGUUUGGGCCGAUGGUAAAAAUUUUCACAACUAUAAAUGAACCACAGGAGAUGUGCGCAGGGUAUAACGAUAAUGGAACAGCCCCUGGUAAGCUGUUGCCAAACAUGGUCGGAUAUUACUUGUGCCUUCACAAUGUUCUGAAGGCCCAUGCUAAGGCUUAUCAUAUGUACGAUGACGAGUUCCGAGCAUCCCAAAACGGUCUAAUUAGCAUUAACAAUCCCUGCAGCGGACAAGUUUUAGAUGAUUCGAGAGAUACGAUUUCUGCUGACACAUCGUUUCAAUUCUAUUGUGGAAUGGUGGGACAUCCUAUAUACAUCGGUGAUUAUCCACCAAUUGUGAAAGAACGGGUAGCCCUGGUUAGCAAGUACCUGGGUUAUCACAAAUCUCGUCUCCCUACGUUCUCUCCUAAAUGGAUAUCGUACAUAAAAGGAACAGCUGAUUUCUUCGGUCUCAAUUCGUACACAUCCGAAAUAGCUCAUCCUGAUCCAGACGAAGCUCGUGGAAUAUACAACAGCGACUCUGGCAUAAUCACUACACACAAACCUACCUGGCACAAUUCAUCCAUUUUUUGGUUGAAAUCAGUGCCCGAGGGUUUCGGAAAUUUACUGCGGAAGAUCAAAGUUGACUACAACAAUCCUCUAGUAUUCGUAACAGAGAAUGGCUUUCCUGACUAUGGCGAACUGAACGACAUAGAUCGAAUAAACUACUUUCGUUCUUACUUGGAAGAAUUAAUUAUCGCUGUCAAACGUGACGGUUGUCGCAUUUCAAGAUACACGAUUUGGAGUCUAUUGGACAAUUGGGAAUUCCACUUUGGUUACACUACUCCGUUUGGAAUCAUUAAAGUCGACUUCAACAGUCCCAGCAGGGAAAGGAUACCCAAGUCAUCAGCGUACUGGUGGAAAGAAGUCAUUCGAACUCAUCGUCUUCAAGAUGUUCCUAAUAUAAAUGUGAUAUUAGCGAACAUUGAAAGUGUUCUUAAGAGUCAUCACAGAUAAUGACGACGUUUCAAAUGAAUCAAUUAAAAUGAUACACAUCCACAUGCAGUAGCGAAAUUGGAAAAUGACACGAUCACGCGUAUAUUAUUUCUAUAAUUACUGGACUCACGAUUACAACAUAUCUUUUAAAAGUAUCAGCUCAGAUGAAAACUUCCAAACUUUUGUUUUGACGUAAUAAAUAGCAAAGUCAGCAAA